AAUACUUAAUGGUGUAUAUAUAUAUCAUGCAUGGCAUAGCGUUUGCAUGUUAUAUAUAUAUACAAAUUAACCACAGUAUUAGCUUCUACCAAUCUCACCAUAAAGAGUACUACUCUAAGUAUAUUCGUAUAUAGCUAGCUAGCUAUGGAGAAACCUGAGCUCGUUGAAGGAAAGGUGGAUUGGAAGGGCAGAGCAGCUGUGAGGUACAAACAUGGAGGAACCAGAACUGCGUUGCUCAUACUAGUCCUGUUUGGUUUUGAGAACAUGGCAACCUUGGCCCUGGCGGUGAACUUGGUUACAUACUUCAGUGGGGUGAUGCACUUGGAACUAGCCGAUGCGGCUAACCAACUCACCAACUUCUUGGGCGCCAGUUACAUUCUCACCAUUCUUGCAGCUGUCCUUUCAGAUACUUGCAUCGGCAGAUUCAAAUCUGUUCUCAUUGCAGGAUGCCUAGAGUUUGCGGGAUUUGUAGCGUUGACGAUACAAGCUCACUCUCCCAGGCUAAAGCCCCCACCAUGCAACGUCUUUGAUCCGGCUUCUAGGUGUGAGAAAAUUGGUGGUGGCAAUGCCGCAGCCCUCUAUGUUGCUCUGUAUUUGGUGGCUGCUGGUUCUGGAGGAAUCAAAGCUGCGUUGCCAUCACAUGGCGCUGAACAAUUUGAUGAAAAAGACCCAAAAGAAGCAAGGCAGAUGUCCAGCUUCUUCAACUGUGUUUUACUAGCAGCAUGUGUUGGCGGUGGUGUCAGCUUAACGCUAAUUGUGCGGAUCCAAGAUAGUAAAGGAUGGGACUGGGGCUUUGGGAUCUCUGCCAUCAUCAUAUCCUUGGCAGUUAUUAUCUUUGCCGCGGGACUGCCAAUGUACAGAUUUCAAGUUAUUCAAGGAACUAGCGCCCUCAUUAGAAUUAUACAGGUGUAUGUUGUGGCCAUUCGCAACAGAAAUCUUCACCUUCCUGAGGACCCUAUAGAGCUCUAUGAGAUUGAUAAGGACACGGAAGCUGCUGUGGAAGCAGAAUUUUUACCUCACACAGACGUUUUCAGGCGUUUAGACAAAGCAGCCAUCCAGCCGACGUCUACAGGGCAGCUGCAUGAUAGCCCAGAGGCUCCAAAUCCAUGGAAACCUUGUAGGGUCACUCAUGUGGAAAAUGCAAAGAUAAUACUAGGCAUGGUCCCAAUUUUUUGUUGCACUAUAAUCAUGACCCUUUGCCUGGCUCAGCUCCAAACCUUCUCAAUCCACCAAGGUCUCACCAUGGACACAAGCCUCACAAAAUCUUUUAACAUCCCAACUGCCUCCCUCUCUAUCAUCCCAAUCGCAUUCAUCAUCAUCAUAAUCCCUGUCUACGACCGGAUUUUUGUUCCCUUUGCGCGAAAAAUCACCGGCAUCCCCACGGGGAUCACCCACUUGCAGCGUGUCGGUGUUGGCCUAAUUCUGUCAUCCAUAUCAAUGGCCGUGGCUGCAAUACUUGAAGUGAAGAGAAAAGGUGUAGCAAGAGAGCAUAACAUGCUUGAUGCUAUCCCGGUUUUACAGCCAUUGCCCAUCAGCACAUUCUGGCUAUCCUUUCAGUACUUCAUAUUUGGAAUUGCAGACUUGUUUACAUACGUCGGGCUGCUAGAAUUUUUCUAUUCAGAGGCACCAAAAGGCCUUAAAUCCAUCUCAAGUUGCUUCCUCUGGAGCUCCAUGGCUCUAGGGUAUUUUUUCAGCACCAUACUGGUGAAAAUAGUGAAUGGUGCAACGAAGAAUGUUACAAGAAGUGGAGGUUGGUUAGCAGGAAACAAUAUAAACAGGAACCAUUUAAACCUCUUCUACUGGCUUCUUUCUAUACUGAGCUUGAUCAACUUCAUUAUCUACUUGUUUGUAGCUAAGAGGUACAAGUACAGGCCUCAGAAUCUGGUGGACUCAAAUGAGAAGAUCAAGGCAUGAGCAAAAGAAAAUUUAGUCUUCAACUGGUGAUACUACAAAGAAUGCAAAUGAUGUCAUGAUGAUUUCAAUUCGGGUUUUCUAAUAUUCGACUUGUAUUUUUUUUUAUUUUUUUUUCUAGAUUUGAUGAUAUAUAUUGCAGGGGAUUUGGGACAUCCAUGUGGUUUAAAAUAAGAAAAAUUGAAAACCAAUAUAUAUAUGCAUUCUUAA